UCCAUGAAAUAAAUUCAUAGCUCAAAAAGCUCUAAUCUUUUCCUAUGGCGAUUCUAAUCCUACGCCGGAAUCUGGUCUCCUUCUUCUCCAGCCACAAUUCCUCUCUUCUCAAAUCUCCCUUCUCUCUCUUCUUCUCCACCGACACCGCAAAGCAGCCCUUAAACGCCGCCGCAGUCUCCAAAUUCCUAAUCAAAAACCACAAUUUCUCCCCCGCCGCCGCCGCGCACAUCGCGUCUCUAUCCCGCCUCCGAAACCAUGAAAACGCCGACGCAGUCCUCUCAUUCCUCAAACAAAUCGGCUUCUCCAACGCUCAAUUAGAGAAAAUCCUCAAAACUUCCCCCCAUUUCCUCUCCUCCAACCUCGAUUCCAACAUCAAGCGCAAAUUCGAGGCAUUCCAAACCCUAGGGUUCACCUCCGCCGAAGUCGUCGAGAUAAUCACCCGCCAAUCGCGUGUUCUGAACCACAGCGUGCCUCGAAUCUCCUCCUCCGUCUCCGCCCUGAUUGAGGUCUUCGGAUCCACCGCCGUCGCGGCGAAGUUUCUCAAAGCGUCGGGGGCAUUCCUCUGCGACAUGGAGAGCACUCUAAUCCCCAAUGUUGAGUACCUAAAAAGCUGCGGCGUGCCGAUGGCGCAGAUCAUCCAGCUCACGACCUCGCCGCAGCUCUUCCUCCACAAGCCGGAGAAUCUGAGGAAAUUCGUGGAGAAGGCGGACGCGAUGGGGUCGGAGAGGGGCUCCAAGAGCUUCAUCUACGCGGUUAGGGCGGUGAGCUCGAUGAAGAGCGAGAGCUGGGAGCUGAAAUUGGGGACUCUCCGCGAGCUAGGGUAUUCGGAGGAGGAUAUAAUGCGGGCGUUCAGGAGCUCGCCGAAGGUGUUCACUUGUUCGAGGCGGAAGAUUAGGAGAGUGGCGGAGGUGCUGCUGGAGACGGGGAGGUAUGAUAGGGCAAUGAUUGCAAGGACGCCUUGUGUGUUUCAGUAUAGUAUUGAGAAGAGGCUGAAUCCGAGGUUGGGGGUUUUGAGGGUUUUGGAGAAGAAGGGCUUGAUUAAGAAUUGGCCGAGUAUUGCUUCGAUGGUGCUGUGUACGGAUGUGGAGUUUUUUGGGAGAUUUGUGGCACCUUAUUUGGAUAAGAUUGUUGAUGAAGUUGGUGAUUCGUGGAGUUCGUUUAGUCGUGUAUGAGUUUACUUGAUUGAUUCAGUGGUUGUGAUUGAUCUUGAUUGUCUAGGUUGGGUGGUUUUUGAACGUUGAAUCGACAAUGGCCGUGUGACUUUUUUUGUGUUAGAUAGAUCAUUUCAUUGCGCUUCUGUUCUGUUAGCUGUGAUUCUUGGAUCAUAUUGGUUAGGUUUAGAGGCUUUUGAGCAUGGUUAUGCUAAUUGUUGAAUCAACAAUGGAAAUUUGUGGAAUUGAUCAAUGGAAGUGUUAUGAAUCUUGGAUCGA